UUACAAAUCCCACUGGCGUCCUCUGAUCACCACUGCACUCAUGACAGCAACGAUCAGUGGCUCUCCAAAGAGUUUUACACACUAACCAUCUCUGAGCUCAUUUUCACACGGCUUUGGAAGUUCGGGGUAGGUUCGGCUGUUCUCUCGGAGUCUGGAUUGACAUUGGGUCUGGACGGUCUAACACCACAGGAUGUUUGUGCCUGUGCUCCUGCUUCUGCUCGCACUGUGUGCCCGUGGAGGACAAGGCGAGGAGAGCGUGAAGAAGCAGAGCCUUGGCCAUGUUUCUGUGGUCAUAGUCGGGGGCACAGGAGAUUUGGCCAAGAAGUACCUGUGGCAGGGCUUCUUCCAGCUCUACUUGAACCAGGUCAAUAGUGGAAGCACCUUCUCCUUCUACGCCGGCGGACAGUCGCCUCCGGACAAGGCCACGCCGAUAUUCUUCAAUAUCGUGAAGGCGGUGUCGUGCACGAAGGAUGUAUCCGAACAGCGCUGCGCCGUGGUUAAGGAGCAAUUCCUGCGGCUCGCGCAGUAUCGCCAGCUGAAGACUCUGGAGGACUACCAGGACCUGUCCAAACACAUUGAGCAGCAGGUCCAAGAGGAAGGUCUGACCGAAGCCGGGCGACUCUUCUACCUGUCAGUGCCAGCAUUCGCCUAUGCUGAUAUUGCGGAUAAAGUUAACGUCAGCUGCCGGCCUGCCAGCGGGGGGUGGCUCAGAGUGGUUCUGGAGAAACCUUUCGGACACGACCUGAGAAGUGCUCAGGUGCUGGCAGCUCAGCUUGGGAAUUCCUUGCAGGAUGAAGAAAUGUACAGGAUAGACCACUACCUGGGGAAGCAGGUGGUUUCCAAGAUCCUUCCAUUCAGAGUGGAAAACAGGAAGUUUCUGGAUCCCAUCUGGAACAAGCACCACAUUGAAAGAAUAGAGAUUGUGUUGAAAGAGACUCUGGAUGUGAAAGGUCGUAUUCCCUUCUAUGACCAGUAUGGGGUGAUCAGAGAUGUAAUACAGAACCACCUGACAGAGGUCAUGGCCCUCUUGACGAUGAGGCUUCCCGCGAAUCUGAGCAGCAGCGAGGAAGUUCUUCAGAAAAAGCUGCAGAUCUUCAGCUCUCUGCUGCCUUUAGGGAAGAAUCAAGCCGUGACGGGCCAGUACCAAGCGUACAAAGCAGAGGUUCAGCAGGAGCUGAACAUGACUCAAGAUCACGUCAGCAUCACACCAACGUUUGCAGCCGUGUUGGUGCACAUGGAUGCGGCGCAGUACGAUGGCAUUCCCAUUCUUCUGCUCUCGGGGAAGAUGUUAGAUGAACGCGUGGGAUACGCACGGGUUCUUUUCAAAAAUGACGUAUUUUGCGUGCAGGACCACCACAGCCUUCACUGCAAGCCCAAGCAGAUUGUUUUCUACUUCGGCCACGGCAGCCUUCAAUACCCAGCAGUGCUCGUGACUAAGAAUCUGUUUAAGCCUUCUGUGAUAGAGGGCGAGUGGAAGGAAGUGACCCAGCAAGCUGAUGUCAAUGUUCUAGGGUUGCCUAUUUCAGACUACUUUGUACAAACCCCAAAAGUGCAGCAUGAAGCUUAUGCAGAACUUAUUUCCCACAUCUUUGCUGGGCACAAAAAUAGUUUCAUUAGUACUGAGAAUCUCCUAGCAUCAUGGGGCUUAUGGACACCACUGCUUCAGAGCUUAGCUGGCUCCUUUCCCCGCAUAUACCCUGGUGGUGCCGACAACGGAGACCUGUUGGACAUUCGUCUGAAAGGGAAGGAGAUCAGCUUCACCAGCGACGUGGUGAUCAUCAGCCCAGAUCAGAUAGGAGGUGCAUCAGCCAAUGGUUUCCAAGUGAUGCAAGGCAAGUACCGCAACGCCACCAUGGUGUCUGCCUGGGCCGAGGAGCUGGUGGAGCGUCUGGCAGCAGACAUACAGGAAGCAGCGGAGGCGGCUGUGCUCCAUGGUGGUGUUUUCCAUCUCGCCCUCUCCGGUGGAGCCACGCCCAUCGCUCUCUUCCAGAGGCUGGCCUUGCACCACUUCUCCUUCCCGUGGAGGAACACCCACUUUUGGAUGGUAGAUGAGCGCUGUGUGCCCCACACUGACCCAGAGUCCAACUUCUACAACCUCCACCAGCAUCUCCUUCAGCACGUGCACGUACCCUAUUACAACAUCCACCCUAUGCCGGUGCAGCUCCACCAGCGUCUGUGCGUGGAGGAUGACGACGCAGCACGGCUGUACCAGGAGGACAUCAGCAAAGAAGUUAACGCCUCCAGGUUCCACUUUGUGCUCCUGGGAGUCGGCCAUGACGGCCACACAGCGUCGCUCUUCCCUGGCGUUAAAGCCUCCAACCAGGAGGAGAGUCUGGUGGUCCUCACCGAGAGCCCCAUGAAGCCACACCAGCGCAUGAGCCUCACUCUCAGCGCCAUUAACCGGGCACAAAAGGUGGCUCUGUUAGUGAUGGGCAAAAGCAAACACGAGCUCAUCACCCAGAUGAGCCGCAGCAAGGACGACCCAAAGAAAUGGCCUGUCACUGGGGUCCGUCCCUCUGACGGCAUGCUAGCCUGGUACAUUGACUAUGAUGCUCUUUUAGGUUAGGACAUGUUACGGAUGUCAUUUGCAGCUUAAGUUCAUGUUUUGGUGGAGAAGUUGUCUACAUAUACAGAAAAAUGCACAUAAUUUACUUACUGGAAAGUUUAUUUUAAUUUGAUUGACUGAUUUAAAGACACUGAGGCAAGAGAAUUUGCUGAAACGGUUCUCAAUGUGCAGGCGUAGAGACGUAAACAAAUCUAAUAAAUGCACAUCUUUGCAUUUAAAGUUUCAAACAUUAUGCACAUCAUUUCUAAACACCCUGUGACUCAAUUUUACAACAUCAUCCCACUUGUUUCUUUGACUGACUUAAUAUACAGUAAUCCCGCGUUUAUUGUGGUUAAUUGGUUCCAGACCCGAUUGUGAUAAGUAAAAUUCCACAAAGUAGGAUUCACUUUUAAUAAACUGAAUAUUUUCCUAGUUAGAGCAUAGAAAACCUCUUUGACUUUCUAAAUAUGAUUUUUCUACCAUUGUUAGUCACCUUUACACUCAUAUUACCCAAUAUAUUGGAUAUAAUCAAGAGAAAAUAAGCCAUUUAAGUGUCCGUGGACAGGAAGUGACGAAGUUUUAGCUGGAGUAUGGCCACAAAGUAGCUCUUAUUAUUAUGACUAUUAUGUUAUUAUUGUGCCUCUUGUGAGCUAAAUAAUUAUAAAAUAAUAAAAGCCUAUCGUUGGCGAUAAAGACUAGUGCGUGUUACUAGUGACACCUAGAUCGACACCAUGAUUGUUCAAUAUUUUUUAUUUUUCCAAUCAACUUUAUUAAUGCCUUACAGAUUACAUUAACAAUGCAUCAAACCAUGGGCAUUAAUAAAUAACAGUUGGAUAACAAAAUCACAUAAAAUAAAUCAUACAGAAAUCGAGAUUAAAGAAAUAAAAACACCAUGAUUGUUUUACCUUUUAGCUCAGGGGAGUUGGAGACGUCACAGAAAAGGAGCGCUUGAUUUGUUCACCUUGGCCCAGUACCACAACACAGUACAUGUAAACUCGCCUCAUUUGAGAAUUAUUUUUUUUAAUUAUCAAUUAUCGGAGCUAUGUUUUAAUGUUAUCGGAUUUAUUGUUAUGAUGUUAUGUUUCCUCAUAUCGGGCACAUCUAGUUGUGAUAAAUUUAGUGGAACGUGUUUGCGUUUUAGACUUAUGGUUCACCCAAAUGACAUCUUCAACUUUGCCAGUGGUACAUUCCGGCUCGCUAAGGUCACAGCCGCGUUGCAUUCUGAGUAACUUCCUGUGACCAGUUACAACGGGAAGCCAAUGUAAGCCAUCCGCCAACCCAAGAAAACACCUGCUUUUGUUGAAGUGAAGCAUUAAAACGAGCCGGAUUAAGUCACUUUCAUUCCCAUGGUUUUGAGUUACCGACUGCCGGCGGCAUGGAAAGCACGUGAAAUGUUAAUAUGAGCAGUAUUGGAUGUCGAUGUAACACAGCUGGACUCUGUUUAGUGGCGCUCGUUGUUCCUGCCUUUUGUCAACCAGAGGACUCCUUUAACCAUAAGUGCACCUAAGAAGGACACAAGAAUGUGUUCUACAAGUAACAAUAACCUUUGUAUUCGCAUGUACUUGUUACCUGUGCUCACAAUGGAAGCCACGGUCAGAAAGAGAGACAUGUGAUACAGCUCAGGUGUGGUUUUGGCCUACAAAAAUGCAAGAAGAAAUGAAUGACUUGGGUGCGUCGUUUAUUUAUACAGUUGAGUUUCUUACGCAUGCGGCCGCCGUCAGCGUCAGUAUGGUGCUGCACGCUCCGUGUCCAAACGACAGCAAUCCAAACACGUGAUAGGACGCCCACAAGCCCUGAGGAACUGUCUCGACCAGCGUGAAGACCACUGAAAAACCUACGGGGGGGGGAUAGGAGCGUGUGUUUGCAGAAAUUGCAUCACAAAUGUGCCGUAUCACUCAAGAUCAUGUUGUGAAACGUCAGUUCAGACUGUGAACUAUGGCAACACUACUGUGAAUGAUCAUACAGUAAUAUGGAAGUGGCAGUGCGUGAGGCAGUAUUGGAAAUUAAAAAGUCCCUUUUGCAUUA